CUCGUAAACUGUAUCGGUCUAGCGCUUGCCUCGGCGUAUCCGACGCGAUGAGCCGCCGGCAGAUCCGAUUCGAAGAAUACGCAUCGUCCGGACCCGUCGUCGAGCGCGUCGCCUGCAACAUGGAGACGAAGCCAGCGCGGGCACCCAAGUUUGCUGCUUCUGCGUCGCACGUCGCCAACGACGCGUACCUGGCGGCCUUUGACGCCGACCCGCGAAAGCCGUCGUCCAAGCAGCCGCAGCCAGCAAGCAUGAGUACCUCGGGAGAUGGCAACACUGCUUUGCCCAAGAUUGCUGGCGCCGUGCGCGCACAUGUGCCCGCGGCCGAACCAACGACCCGUUCAUCGUCGUGGACGCGAGGUCCGAGUGAUGCUGCUGGCUCGGCGCAAGCCGUAUCCAGCCAACCGCUGACUUGCAUGAGCUUGUCGCCGGAUGGCUCGGAAGUGGUUGUCGGCAGCUGCGACCACGCGCUCUACACGAUCCCGCUGCGCAGCUCGGGGUCCAAGAAGGCUCGGGGACUCACGUUGUACACCACGACGUGCGGCCACAAGGAAUGGGUCACGGCCGUCGCGCACCUUGCCGAUGGCCGCGUCGUCUCUGCGGGCAUGGACAGCAAACUCUGCCUCUGGGAGAACGGUGCCGUCGCACGCUGCGAAGACCUGAUGGGCCACGCCGGGUCCAUCUCGCUGAUCCAGACGAUUGGCAACGACUGGAUCGUGAGCGCGAGCUACGACAAGACGUAUCGGCUGUGGGACGCGACGCCCGGGCGCCGCGCCGGCAAGAAUGGCCGAGAGAGACAUGCGUUGCGCGGCCAUGACGCCCCGAUUCUCGACUGCAGCCUCUGGGGCUCACGGCUCAUUGGCGGCGAUCGCAGCGGCUCGGUGCUCGUUUUCGACGUCGCUGCCUAUACUCUCGAGAAGAAGUGGAACGCGGCGCACGACGGCCACUGCACGAGUGUUUUGGGCUCGGCGUUUGCACCCGACAUUGCGUACAGUGGCGGCCAAGACGGCGUUGUGCAGCGCUGGGACCUGCGCACAAAGGCGAGCACGCUUGCGCUGCCCGUGCAUAGCGGCAAGACAGGCAAAGGCGCCGUGAGUUUUCUACGCGAGCAGCCGUCAAACGAACACGUUCUUGUCACGGGGGGUGCUGACGGCAAGGUCCACGUCCUCGACACGCGCCGCAACACGCUCCGGUCGACGUUUGACAGCCACCAGACGUUCAUCUAUUCGCUGCAUGUGGCCCACGACCUGUGCUUUAGCGGCAGCGGAGACGGGAUGCUGCUCGUGCACAACUUGGCCACCGACGCCUUGUGCUACGGCCUCGGCGCCAACCAAGCGGCGGUGCGGGCCAUUGCCACGACGCCCGCUGAGCUCGUUGCGGCCGGUGACGAUGGCGGCGUCCUUGUCUAUAACUUUGCGUAAAGUUAUGAAUCUACUGGAUGGUGUCGAUGUGGCGACCUUCUGUGCUCUCGUG